AUGUCUGUCCUUACCUUUUCUUCCUGGCUUGCUGGCUUGCCUUUUUUCUUUCUUGUCGUGCGUUCCAUUGGUACAGGACCUUCGCACGAGUUCUCCGUCGGAGGCCUUUGUGCCUCCGGCCUCUUUUCUGCUGAUGGGGUGAACGAAGAGCAUCGUCGUUCCGCGCGCCUGGCAACCGCCCGGGACGACGAUGCUUCAAGGGACGUCCCCGACUUCCGAUCCCUCGCCCCGUUCCAUGCUGACCAUGCUGGGCUCAGGUGGGAGAUGCCUGAAUCUGACACCGAGGUCACUUGUGGUAGCUUUGGGGUGAAGGGUGCCCCGGGAGGUUUGGUCGGCCGCGUCGGCGCAGAGCGGUUGGGGCGAUGCUUCACUGUUGUUGCGUGUUGA